AUGUCUGUUGUGAUGGGCCAUCGAGGUGAUGUAGAGGCAACAAGGGCUAGAUCCCCUGAUGGUAUGGAUCCGCAACAUUGGAUUCAUGCUAUUGACCAUUUCUUAACAGAGAAGCAUCAAAAACAAUCCAUAGAAAACAAAGCAUGCCGAAAGAACCAAGUAGUUAAGAAUCAUGAAGGGGCAUGCAAAUACAGUAAUGCUAUUUUUUAUGAACACUCAACACUAGCCGGUACUGGUGAUGAUCCAGACUCCAUUGAUCGGAUCACAAUAUUUGAGAAGGUGUUAGGUGCUCGAAGGGCCAUGUAA